AUGCUCCUCAAAUCUCUCAGUCUGCUCCUCGCAGCAGUAGGCACUACACAAGCUCUCACCUCCAACCUCACUCAGAUUUUCAAUUUUGGUCCAAAUCCGCGGAACGUCACCGGAUAUAUCUACGUCCCAGCAAAUCUCCCCAAGAAUGCUCCCAUUCUUGUAGCACCCCACUGGUGCCACGGCACAGCUCUCGAUGUCUUCAACUACCGUUCUUGGGCUUCUGCCGGCGACACAUACGGAUUCAUCUCCAUCUAUCCCGAUACCCCCAACGCCGCGGACCAAUGCUGGGACGUCUCGAGCAAGCAAUCACUCACGCACAAUGGCGGCGGCGAUGCACUCGGCAUUGUUUCGAUGGUACGCUGGGCAAUCAAGAAGUACGACGCAGAUGCCUCCCGCGUAUUCGUUACGGGCACAAGCUCUGGUGCCAUGAUGACAAACGUGCUGCUCGGUAGCUACCCCGACGUGUUCGCAGCCGGCAGUGCAUGGGCAGGCGUCGCUUUCGGGUGUUUCGCCGGCGAUGGUUAUGAUGUUUGGAGCGACGCGUGUGCGACAGGCAAGAUCAUCAAGACUGGUCCUGAGUGGGCGAAGAUCGUCAAGAGUGCGUAUCCAGGCUACAAGGGGUUCAGGCCAAAGAUGCAGGUAUUCCAUGGGUUGAACGACACGGUUCUGUAUCCGCAGAAUGUAAAGGAGGAGAUCAAGCAGUGGACCAGUGUGUUUGGAAUCAGUGAUAAGCCUACGGACGUAACACCAAACACUCCUUUGACGGGCUGGACGAGGUAUACGUAUGGUAAGACUGGCAAAUUUGAGGCUUACACUGCGGAGGGUGUGGAUCACAACAUUCCCAACCAGGACGAUUUAGUGCUCAACUACUUCGACCUCAAGUGCAAAGACAAGAAGUGCUACUCGAGGAAGAGCGGUUGA